UUUCUACUGCAAGCAAAUUAAAUGCUCGAACCACUUAUGGGUGUGAAGGAGAGUGAUGUUCACAAACGUUUGGUCAUAUUGGGUAAAUAGGUCUGCUAUGCAUUAGAAUCAGCGCAGAAGUUGCAGAGGAGUGAGGAUGGAGUAUUUGUGCAUUUGUGUUAGCGGUAGCCCCGCCCACAACACAAGGUGCGCCGCCCCCUCGGCAGGUGCGUUAUCACACCACGGUGCGGUCUCGUGGUCGAGUGCAGUCCGAAGCAGUGUUCCUCAGCUGUGCUCUGCUCAGCUCCGCCGCGUUUCCCCGAGCUGCGAGGACCUUCUCGCCACCGGCUUCAUGUUUGCUGACAUGGUGUCGCAGUUGACGUCUCUUCAGCAGGAGUUACUGAGCGCCUUGUUGGACUCGGGACUGACCAAGGAUGAGCUCGUGCAGGCGCUGCACGACCUAGAGCCGCGUCCGCCAGGCUUCCCUAUCAAAACCGAGAAGGCUUUAUCCCCAGCCAGCGCUAACGGUGCCAGCGAUACGGAGUCCAAGCCGGUGUAUAUGACUCUGCAAGCCAGAGGGAGUAAAGGGUCCGGGGACGAAGGCUCAGAGUCCGGGGAGGACUUCGACACGCCGCCCAUCCUCAGAGAACUGCAGGCGCUCAACACCGAGGAGGCGAACGAGCAGCGCGCCAUGGUGGAGCGCAUGCUGGCUGAGGAUCCGUGGCGCGCAGCCCGCACUAUUAAAGGCUACAUGCAGCAGCACAACAUUCCUCAGCGCGAGGUGGUGGACGUGACAGGACUGAAUCAGUCUCACCUCUCGCAGCACCUGAACAAAGGAACGCCCAUGAAAACAACCAAACGAGCCUCGCUCUACGCCUGGUAUGUCCAGAAACAACGAGAGAUCGACCGGCAGUUUGACCGUGUUCAGGGCUCCAGUGACUCGGGCAGUCAGGAUCAGGUCCUGUUUUUUUUCCCAGAAUUCAACCACAGCGGGCAGAACGCGGGCUCAGCGUCAGGGACGCUCGCGGACGAAGGCGUGCCGGGUUCAAAAAGACUGAGGCGGAACCGCUUCAAAUGGGGCCCGGCGUCUCAGGAGAUCUUGUACAAGGCCUACGAGAGGCAGAAGAACCCCAGCAAAGAGGAGAGAGAAGCGCUGGUGGAGGAAUGCAACAGGGCCGAGUGUGUACAGAGGGGUGUGUCACCCUCUAAAGCUCACGGUCUCGGCUCUAACUUGGUCACAGAAGUCCGCGUCUAUAACUGGUUCGCUAACCGGCGCAAAGAAGAAGCUUUCCGACAGAAGCUGGCUAUGGACACGUAUCCUGUUCACAGCCUGAACUCCUUACUGCCUCCCACACACAGCCAGCACCAUCACAGCAGCCCAGAUACGAAACUCAGAUACAGCCAACCGGGAUCCAGUGAUGUCACUUCCUCAACGAGCAUCGGUCACCAUGGCAACAGCCACUCGGUGUUACAGCAGGUGUCUCCACCUGGCCUGGACCCCUGUCACAGCUUGUUGUCCCCUGAAGCCAAGAUGAUUUCGGCCUCGGGUGGAGUCUUGCCCCCUGUGAGCACUCUGACUAACAUCCACAGUCUGUCCCAGUCCUCACACCAUCACCAGCAGGCCCAGAGUCUCAUCAUGACCCUCGCUGCUCAGAGCCUGAGCGCUCCUCCGUCUCAGAACAUGCCCAUCAUUAACAGCAUGUCAGGACUGACGGCGUUGCAGCCCAUGCAGUUCUCACACAGCCCCAGCCUCACACCACUUACUACUGCACACUCGUCUCAGCAGGCCUACACACACAUGUACUCGCCCAAGCAGGAGCCUCCUCAGUACUCUCACCCUUCUCGAUUCUCUUCCAUGGACACCAGUGCGAUCUCUCAUCUGGGUUCCAGCAAGCAGUGCCCUUUGCAGGCUUGGUGACAUGGCACAGGUGUGAAAAUACUUCCUCGGCAGCUAAGCGACAAGAGUGCCUUACCGCAGUAGCCUUGACGACCUCUCAAGCCAAAGCACCAUUAAGAAGAGCACUGUGAUCGCAAUAAACCACUAAAGAACACUACAGGAAUCGUUAUUUCAGGCAAGAGGGAUGAAAGCACUGGAAAACGUUUGGAGAACUGACUCUGCGGCAUAACAUAUGCUCGUUGAGGGCUCCGACGUAGCAUCACGGCAUUUCCCAUCCAAAAUGUAAACGUCAGAGUGAACGCGCGACCUCUGCAUCCGAUUAGCUGUCUGAUGAACUAUUGAUCGUAGAAUUUGCAUAGAUCUACACCGGGAACGGCAAACACGGACUCUCUGGUAUGGCGUGAACUCCUUUUGCUCGACGAAUGCUGCAUCAAUCGCCUCAGUGUAAAUAGUCCAAGACUAUAAUUCCUAUAAUUUCAGGUGGAAAGUGAAAUCGAGAUGGAGCGUGAGGUCAAGCAAGAGAGAAUAAUGGUCAGACUGCGUGGUAGUACAAUUCUGAUAUUGUAGAGACAAUGAGUUCUGUAUAAUUAAAUCCCAUUUAUUUUAUUUCAUUAUAGUUUCCAG